AAAUCAAAGAAGCAGAAAUAACCCAAUAUUUAAUUAAAGUUGUCUGUGUGGUUUUGCAAUCGGAAACACGGCACUGUCACUGUCUAAUGGUGGCUGGCGGCUGCUGUCCUUUGGCGUUUUACAUGUGUGGCAAAUUAAAUUCUUUUAUCGGUUUCGUAUUGAUAAAUUAUAUCAAGGUGGUUAAACCACUUGAUGUUAAUUAAUGUGUGACUAUUAUUAAAGAAAUUGUUGCGUCGUGCUUUGUAUUGUGAUUUGAAGAAACCGAAGCGAGAUAAGGCUUCGCUGAUUCAAUACCGCCGUGUUGUCUAAGACCUUCUCGACUACCAUCUUUCUGUGCUGAGUUAAACGACGGUGGUAAUUUAAAAUCAGACCGUACGAGGCAUCGUUUAACGUCCAGCGCGGUUGAGAUAGAACCAGAUAGCACCGACUGAGUACGUCAGCGUUCAUAUUAAUGGAAAAUACUGACAUUGCCACGUCUAUGUUGCUAAUGAAGAUUGUCUUCCAAGCUCUUAAGAUUCUGGACUGACCUGAAGGAUAUUUUUGGUGUUGCAAGACCAUUAAUGGAGCCGUAGCAUCAGCGCACAGACGCGUACCCGAGUGCAAUAUUCGAUCCCGAGUCGAGUCCCAACGUCGCCAAGUGUGCCCCAUGGAGGCCAUUCCCAGCCACCAGCGAACGUAUUUGAUCGGCAAUCGUUUCACAAGCAAACCGUUCCCGGGCCUCGUGCCCCACAUACAGUACCAUCUCUGUCGCUCCAAUACAAACAUGCUAUUGAAAAUAGAGAACGAACUCCUCCAAAGUCACCGCCAAAGAGAGACGACGGGUAUCAAGAAGUUGUACAACUCGUUCUUCGUGCUGUUUUAACCUAUUCGCCGCGUUACGGUCAAACAAAAUCAUUCAUCUAUCAUUCAUCGUUCAUUCAGUGACUUUUAGUGUAGUGCGGGCGCUAUGGCCCGGGUGUAAUGGAAUCGUAUGACGCAGACAGAGACUAUACAGGGCUUAUUAUGCAUGAGGGUCGUAAGGAGGACCCGUUCACGUGGGAGUCGUCAGUGAGGCUCACUCUGGUGGGUAGAGAGGAGGAGUUCGGGAUGUACCUGGAGGAAAGAGAAGGUCGUAAGAGGAAGUGGCACCAGGGGGACGAUAAGACCAUGCGGCGCGAGGACGCCGACGAGAAGGAGCCCAGGAAGGUGCCGCCGAAGAAAAUUAUGGCGUCGCUGGGAGAGAUGGGCGGAAGCGGUACGAGCUCGUCCUCCUCGCAUCUGUCCCCUGGUUGGCAGGUCAACGAUCUAGACCUAGACCUACCUGGAGAGUUGUCUAUGAACGAAGCGUUACUGUCGCUGCCGUCGCUGUCGGUGUUCAAACAAGAGGCGCCUUCUCCGACUGGCGCCGUGCUGUCCCCGCCGCGCCGCGCCUGGCCCUGCACACGACGCAUUGACGACAGACAGAUAACCAGCAUGGUGGUGGACAGCGUGAACCGCGACGGCAUGGAGGAGGGCUCCUGCCAGCAGUCGCCGCCGCACAACGCCAUCUUGCCGGACCAAUCGUGUAGUCCGGAGAUGCAGUGCCAGGCGAUGCAGACUGGCGCGCUGGUGCCCAUCACUGGAUACCACUCGCCUCCCAUGCACGAAAAUAAGAAUCCAGGUCUGCUGAUGUGCUCGCCAGUCAGCUCGCUGGAUGGUUUCCUGCACUCGCCAGUACAGCGCUCGGAACCCAGCUUCAAGGAUGAUACAAGGUUCCAGUACGUGUUGGCUGCAGCGACCUCUAUCGCCACUAAACAAAACGAGGAGACACUCACAUAUCUCAACCAGGGACAGCCCUAUGAGAUCAAACUGAAGAAACUAGGAGACCUCUCACAUUACAAAGGAAAAAUAUUAAAAAGCGUGAUAAAGAUCUGCUUCCACGAGCGUCGGCUGCAAUACAUGGAACGCGAGCAGAUCGCCCAGUGGCAUGCAGACCGCCCCGGGGAGCGCAUCGUAGAGGUGAACUGCAUAUCAACGGAAUUCACAGCGAAGAAGCACGGCGGUGAGAAGGGCGUGCCGUUCCGCAUACAAGUGGAGACGUACCUCGCCAGUGACGACCUCAAUAGGCUGCAUGCCGCCGCCUGUCAGAUCAAGGUGUUCAAGCUGAAGGGAGCGGACAGGAAGCACAAGCAGGACCGCGAGAAGGUGCUGCGGCGGCCGCGCGCCGACCACGACAAGUACCAGCCCGGCUGCGACGCCACCGUGCUCACCACGCUCUCAAAUGAUGCCAUGAUGCCACCGCCGUCGCUUGUCACCACUUCACCACCGUACUCACCAGAAUUAUGUGUGGCCCCUAAAUCUGUUUCAAGUCCUAUGGUGGUGAACAAACCUGCACUGCAACAACCUGCUAUUCUUGCUACAACCAACCAGAUGAAACCACUUUACUGUCAAGAUGGUGGGGAUGUGAAAGUGAACACUCCGCAGUGCCACUCGCCGGAUGCCAUCCUGCCUGACCUACCACAGUCAGCGGAGGAUCCUGACAAGAGCGGUGGUCUGUCAAAGGAGGCUUCAUCAACGGAGACUCAGGCGUGGUUGUCUCAGCACCGCUUCUCCCAGCAUGCACCGACCUUCGCCAAUUUCUCUGGCGCGGAUCUGCUGCGGUUAUCCCGUGACGAUAUUAUCCAGAUCUGCGGCCUAGCUGAUGGGAUACGUCUGUUUAAUGCUUUGCAUGCAAAGUGAAUGGGCUAA